AUGGUGAAGGCAGCAAGCGUGUUACUUCUCCCCCUCGUGGCCGGCCACGUUUCGGCCGUGUCAAUGGAGCAUGAACACACUGCGAAACGGCUUCAUCACCAUUCGUCUCGCCUGGGAAGAUAUGUUGGUACAUUUCUGGAGCUUCUCAAUCCAGUCCCUCAACUUUCAAAAGACCCUGAGAGGCUGCUGACGGAAGAGCAACGUUCGUUUCUCGAGAGUACAGCAGAUCCCCGCAACACGUACCUGGUGUGGCAGGGAGCCAUGAAAGUCGCAAAGGAAGCUGGAACUCACGCAGAAUACGUCAAUCCUGAAGUGUUAUUGCCACGGGCACUGCACCAGAUUGAGGCUGCAGUGGAUAUGUCGCUGGCAAUGAAAACUAUGGGGAACCUGCUUGGCAUUGAGAAUCAAGAUAAAUUCUGGAAGAAAUGCAUUUCUAAUGGAAAAACGAUGUGGAAUGGGCGCGAGGAUAGCGUGAGCAAGCGCAGUUUGUCCCUGCUUGAAACCGUCGAAUCGCUAUUCCAUGGUGCCGGAGCUCGUCUCCUUCAAACUCGUAGCCAGCGCGAACAGGUCAAAAGGAAAAUAGACAAGAUUGCUGCUGUCCAUACUAAAAUUGACGAGCUCCGCGGACAUGCGCCUGAUACCGAGGAAUUCCGCACAGCUCUCGGGAAUGUAUCGCAACUGCUUCAAGAGGCCGAGCAGGUAGCGGCAUAA